GCUAAAUAUCCGAAUUAAAAUCAAUGAGUGUUUUGCGGGCCUUCCAAGCCACUGAUCUGUUUUCUUUCAACAAUAUAAACCUUGAUUUCUGGACAGAGACUUUCUCAAUAUCCUUCUAUCUGACUUAUCUCUCACGAUGGCCAGAUUUGUGCUACAUGCAAGAGACGCCUAAUGGGAGGAGCAUGGGAUAUGCCAUAGGCAAAGCUGAGGGUUCCCAAGUAGAUUGGCAUGGUCAUGUCACUGCGAUCACCGUGGCCCCCGAGUUCCGCCGACUGUCCCUUGCUCGGAAUAUGAUGAAUGCUCUGGAACGAAUGUCGGACGAAGUUUACAAAGGGCUUUUUGUCGAUCUCUUCGUCAGAAUAAGCAAUCAGAUCGCCAUAGAUAUGUAUGAGGGGAUGGGAUACAGUGUAUACCGGCGAAUACAACAAUAUUAUGGUGGAAUAAAUGGAUCCCCAGAUGAAGACGCUUAUGACAUGCGGAAACCCAUGUCCCGGGAUCCUCAUCGGCGCACUGUGAGGCAGAAUGGGCGUGAUAUCGUCACAACUGCUAAAAACAUUACCAUGUAACACCAAGGCCAUUUCAUCAAUUGGUGAUAAACCCUAGAGGGAACUAUAUGGAAUUUCAUCUCUUUGCUUUCUCGGCUACGGGUUGCGAGCAUUUUCUAAGCUGCUGCACACCGCGUUUGCUCCUUCAGAGGGAAGAGUUGCUUAAUCGACUUCUGAACAGACCCAUCUGGACAAAGGUGUAGUCGAUGGGCUUUCCCCGAGUGGGCGAACGGAGACCAGCAACCUAGAUGAAAUUGUACCGCUGAUUUCGCCGUCCAGUGGAAGGGCCGCUUAACCGAACCUAGAAGGCAGCCCAGG